GUUCUUCCAGGUGCAGUUGUUGAAGGCUGACGUCUGCAGUCGCUGCCGCGGCUCUGGGUGAAACUAAAGUGGAACACGGAGGCAGUAAAGCUGGUGAUGUAGGUCAACAAGGCGUCUUCAGUCGGUUUGUUUCUCACCUGAGGAGGAGUAAGAGGGAAGCUGCGGCUCAUGGCUGUGAUUUUAGUCGCUUUCAUGUUGGUGUGUUCGGGGCUCUGGGACAAGACUCUCCUCGCAGACGGUCAGCCUUGUGUGGAUGAGAGCAGGUUCAAGGAGCUGCUGCAGUUUGUGGGGCGGCAGGAGCCUCCUUAUCGACUGCAGUGUCCCCUGGAGCCUGUUCAGUCCCAGAACUCGCCCCAAAUCCAGAUGACCUGGCUGAAAAACUGUGAGCAGCUCCGCAACCAGGAGGGAAAGACCUACCUGGAGUUUGCUGGCUUCAACUUGGAGGACCAAGGAAAUUACACCUGUGCUCAACAGGGCAACAGCACAGCCUCAUACACUGUGCGCCUCACUGUGAAGGAGUCUCAGUGCUCCAAAGCUCCAGAGUUUAAACCGAGCGGGAGCCGGACCAAACUCUGGAGGAAUGUGGGAUCCACUGUGAAGCUGAACUGCACCGCUCUCCUCUUCUGGGACCAGUCUGAGGAUCAGUGUGACACCACGCUGCAGUGGAGUAAAGACAGCCAGCCCCUCACCAACCACACUCAUUACUCACUGAACACAUCGUCAUGGUCCCCUGGUGCCGAUCAGCUGAUGGUAAAUAGUCUGCUAGUGAUCACCGUCAGAGAUCUGGAGGAUUUUGGGGUCUAUAGCUGCUCAGUGAGGAACAUUUCUACUGACUUCAGCCUGCAGAAUUCAGACAGCCCCAACCACACAGUCCCUGUUAUAGCAGCCGCCAUCCUGCUUCUCUUCUUGGGUGUAGCGGCUGUCGUGUACGCCAGAUGUCACCUCAGCAUCAAACUGUGGUACAGGAACAAAUACGGAGACUAUGAACUCAAUGAUGGGAAAUUAUAUGACGCCUAUAUCUCUUAUGUGAACAACGACUAUGACAGGAAGUUUGUUAACUUUAUUCUCAAACCUCACCUGGAAAAUAAAAAUGGCUACAAGGUGCACCUCAAUGCCAACGAUAUUCUGCCUGGCACAGAACCGUCUGCAGAGCUCCUAAUGAACAUGAGUCGCUCCCGCCGUCUCAUCGUGCUGCUCUCUCAUGCGUACCUUGAACAGGACUGGUGCUCCGGUAACUUCAGACAGGGCCUCCUGCACUUGUUGGAGUUGUGUCAGCAGCCCAUCCUCAUCAUGCUGGAGGGUCAGUCCAAACGCAUGAGGCCUGAGAUCAAGCAGCAGCUCAGUGAGCACCAGCACUGCCUCACUAUACUCACCUGGAGGCACAACUCUGUGACUCCAUCCUCAGCCUUCUGGAAGGAGUUAGCUUUAGCGAUGCCUCGGAGAGUCGUCUUCCACAAUGAGUCUGCAGGCGACCCUCAGACUGUGCUGCAGGAUGACAAAGACCCCAUGCUGACCCUGGACCCCGACUACCUGGACUGCCGCUCAGACGCUGACCCUGCUGGAGACCUGGGACUUCGCCUCCCAGUGUACAAAGCUCUGGCCUGUACAGCUCCAGUCCUCCCCGCUGCUCCCAUCACAGCUGCCGAACCAAAACCCUCCGACAUCGACGUGUCCGACUUGGGAUCACGCAACUACGGAGCGCGCUCAGACUUCUACUGCCUGGUCACCGAGGACAUUUGAGCGACACUCCUCUCGAUAUGGUCUCCAAAAAUUAACACCAAUAUGAAGAUACUUUGAAUUUUUUUAUAUUUAUCUGGGUCACAUAGCUAAAUAUGUUUUCCUUUUCUAUACAAUGUGUUUAUUGAAAUCAGAGUGUCCAAUUUGUGUUUACCCUCACCAUAGACUGAUUUUAAAUAUUUUUGAAUUUAUUACUGUUGUGUAAAAUAUUUUGUGAGAGAUUAUCUGUAAUAUUUCAGGAAAAUAAGUUGUUUUUUUUUUACAUUCAUGCAUUUGUAUCACAUUAGAUUUUUUCUCAGUCCCCAGCAGGGGGCAGAGCAAUAGUAGAUAAGAUUAAAUAAGGAAUGUGCUUUUUAAGCAUUUUUUCAUUUGACAACACACAGAUGGUGGGAAAAUGCAUGUGAAAGUCAAACUUGAAUCCAGAAAAGUUGUUCACUCUGCAACAGUCAACAGAAGCAGGAUGCCUAAGACUGAAGAUAUCUUUUUUUUUCUUUCUUUUUUUUACUAUACAGGUGGAAGCUUUGUGUAUGAGGAAAAUCGACCACAUUGCAGUUACACAUUAAUAAUAAAAAAACUGGGCAUUUUGUCUGUGAA